CCUACAAUAGUGCUCAGCAGCACGCUCGAAAAUAGAAACGUCAAACGCAAAGUGUCAAAAUAGACAUCUUCAGAAUAAACCAAAAAAAGAACCAAACUUCUACCAGCAUUUCGUAAACAUUCAGCAUACUUCCUAACUUUUCACGAAAUUAAUCGAAAGAUUGCUUGGACAGUGUGAAGAGCACGGAACUGAAUGUAAACAGGCGCAGAAUUUUCCAUUGGCUCACGCUUGAUAGAAAUCGAGUAAACGUAAUAUGGGUGAACCGAUAGUGCUCAUCCUAUCGACGGACGAUUCCGUCAAGCCGGAGAAUGUUGUCGAACGGAUGCGUAAGCUCCCGAACAGUCAACAGCAAGUCGAACUCAGUGCGGAUUCGCCGGAAUGUAUCGGUUAUGCGUAUAAGAUACACACAAAGUACUACGAUACGAAGGUGAUUCUGUAUGCACACGGUUCCGCCGAGCUAGCCACAAUUCCGAAUGCAAUACUGAAACGGACGGAAGGAAUAUUGAUCUACUUCAACGCAAAGGAUCGUUCUUUCCUCGAGCGUCUCCCAGCGUACAGCACCUUUGUCCAGCAGAAUGAGAUUGAGUUCGGAAUACUACUCUGCUCGACGCUGCAGGAAAACAAUACCGACGGUAUAACGUACAGUGAGGCUAAGAGCCAGUGUACCGUGCUGGAUGUGAUAGAGCUCGAACCGAAUGUGGAAGAUGCGGAUGAAGAAGUGGCCGGCAUAGGUGAAGCAACCGGUGUGGAUGAAUUGAUCCAAGCGAUGCAUAAUUACAUCUGGUCGAAUGUACAUAUUAACCGGAGGAACAGGAAUACCACAAUGAACGAUGAGGAAAGUCCUACUCUGCUUUCUCCGGCUGAUCCCGGGAAUCCGGCUGACGAUGGUAACGGUGUUCCGAUCACGGAGGAAGAAGAACGAAUCAUCGAAGCCGAACUGAACGGAUUCGAACGACUGUUGACGGAAGUGAUGAACUUCCAGCCAAACACCAGCAACUGGACGCGAAACGAACGGCUGAUGUAUGCGGAAGAGCUGGCUGAAAUGUUCGAUAACCUGGUAGAGGAAGACGAUGCUAUCGGACAAACUUAAAAGCAUUGAGUCUAUUCUUUACUCAAGCGUGCAUUCCGCAAUACCUAGAGGUGUAACAGCGUCUAAUGUAUUGCCUAAGCUUUUCUGUGACAUUUUAUUUUCCUUAUUUUAAGGUUCACUCAAUCAUUAUUCUGUACGAACGAAUAAAAUUUUCGUUUUAAUCAUUAAUCUUUUUGAACCGAUAAUAAUGUCUGUGUUACUAUCAGCAAUAAAUAGUUGUGGAUCUGUUAAAAGAGUAUAACAAUAAUACAAUUAAAGUUUUGUAUCUCAUUUAAACA